AUGCGACUUUUGCGAAAUUUACUCACUUCUGUGCCCGCAUCUGACGCCAAAGUCCUUACCAAGGGGAAUAUUUCUCCAAUUUAUUAUCGAAUUCUCUCGAAAUUCCCGCUUCCGUUGUCCUUUUGCUUCGGCUACGGAUCCGGCGUGAAGGAACAAUUAGGUUAUGACAAAGCCACGAAGCGAAAAAACAUGAUUGACUUAAUUUACUGCGUGGAUAAUGCGCAUCGAUGGCAUGCGGCGAACUUGGAACGAAAUCCGGAGCAUUAUUCGGCACUUGCGACCUUCGGGAGUGAUUUUAUUGCGAGUUAUCAGCGCAGUAACUUUGGAGCUCGCGUGUAUUUUAACACUUUGGUGCCAAUUGAGGAGGAAAAUAUCAUGAUAAAGUACGGCGUUGUCGCGACAGACGAUUUAAUUGAGGAUUUGUUGGAUUGGCGGGAUCUGUAUAUCGCUGGAAGGCUCCAUAAACCCGUUGAAAUCGUCAAACCGCCGACAAAUGUGAAGUUGGAGAACGGAAUUAACAACAAUUUGAAGAGUGCGGUGCAUGCGGCGUUACUUUUGCUGCCAGAAACCUUCACGGAAUACGAAUUUUACUUUUGUAUCGCGAGUUUGAGUUACAUGGGCGACUUCCGGAUGACUUUCGGGGAGAAUAAAGACAAAGUUAAGAAUAUUGUGAGACCGCAACUCGAAAGUUUUCAAAGUUUGUAUGCGCCAACGUUGAAAAUUUUGUCGGAAUAUGUGAGAUUUCCCUCAAUUGACGGCCUGGAAGUGAAUUGCAAACAAGAUUGCAGCGGAAAAGCGAUCAUGCAUCAUCUAAAUUCGCUCCCAAAAUGGCCUCUUCGUAAUAUCGUGAAGGAAUGGAAUCGCGGAAAGUACAAACAAGACACGGAAGAUGUCUUGAGAGCCGUCGCUCAUAGUCCCGAGUACCAAAGUGUCGUUCGUCGCAGCUUAAAUGCCAUCGUUUUCCAAAGCAGCGCCAAACAAUCGCUGAAAAAUGUUCCAACAGCGGGUUUAGGCAAGUCCCUGAAGUACAGCUGGGCUAAAAUCCAAAAAAUGUUACAAACGAAAUCUAGUCAGUAG